GGGAAGGAGCGCACUGCCGGAGCCUGCCGAGAGAAGGAAGACAGAUAAGAGAGGCACGCACUGCGCGUCAGGAGGCAGCGCGGACGCACAGGAGAAGGGUCUUUAGCAAAGAAACGCACAGUUUUGUAGAAGGAGAGUGGCGAGGCGCCGCGUUUAUUUUCCUCCUGAGCAGUUUUACGCACGCAUAUCGGAUCUGUUCCUUUCUGGAGAUCUUGAGUUGUCUUCUGCACAAGAACGAACUGCUGUUGGGACAGCGCAAAUCAGAAGAAAACUGAUGGGAAAACAUCGUGAUUGAAAAGAAAAGUCGCCACUAAUGAAGAUAGUUGUAGAAGAUUUUGGAAAUACUGAAUCGUUUCAAGGAGGAAAUGUUCAUUUUUCUCUUUAUUUUUGGAAAUGUUUGCAGUUGUUUUUGGUGGUUCUGAUUAAUUCUUGUUUAUUUUAAAUCAGCAUUUUCAUUUUAUUUGUCAAGUGUGUUGUCAGGGAUCCGUUCCCGCACGCAUUUAGAGUCUCAGGGGGACAGAGUGCUGCGGACUGUGCGCACCAUGGAUUUCGCGGGUUUAAAUCUGCGUUGAGAGUGCAAAUGACUUUUAUUUAAAAAAAAAAAGUUGAGGUGUUUUUUUUUUUUUUCUUUACAAGAGAAGAAGCGGCGCUACACACUUGACACAGCUCACAUGAACUAUGUGUAUUAGAACCAGUGUCUUUUUCUUGAAGAGCCCAUUGAAACUCAGCCUGGAUUUUGGCCCCUAGAAAGAGAAAACUGUGGGGAAAAACAGGAAAGUUAGACUGCAGCUUCGUCUCGGAUAAAUCUGGAAAAACCACACAGAAGGAGACAAAGUGUUUUUUUUUUCUUCCACACCUGACGGGAAAGAUGGAUUUAUUCACAUGGUUCUGUGGAUGUAUACUGGCGUUUCUUUUGCCUGCAACAAUAAAAACAGAUGAAGGAGCAUCUGAGUCAUGCGGUGGCAACUUAGAUGCCAGUGAUGCCGGCUACAUCACCACCCCUGGCUACCCACUGGAGUAUCCACCCCACCAGAACUGUCACUGGGUCAUCACAGCCCCCGAUCCUUCGCAACGCAUCGUCCUCAACUUCAACCCACAUUUUGAAAUAGAGAAACUGGAUUGCAGGUAUGACUAUGUGGAGAUCCAUGAUGGGAACUCGGAGACAGCUGACCUGCUGGGAAAGCACUGCAGCAACAUCGCCCCAGCGCCGAUCAUAUCAUCGGGCCCCUCGCUUCACAUCAAGUUUGUGUCAGACUACGCCCACCAGGGGGCGGGCUUCUCGCUGCGCUAUGAAAUCUUUAAAACUGGCUCAGACUGCUCCCGUAAUUUCACCAGUCCCUCGGGUCUCAUUGAGUCCCCAGGAUUUCCUGACAAAUACCCCCACAACUUGGAGUGUUCCUUCAUCAUCAUUGUCCCGCCCAGCAUGGAUGUCACCCUCACCUUCCUCACCUUUGACCUGGAGAACGAUCCCCUGCCAGGUAGUGAUGGAGACUGCAAGUAUGACUGGCUGGAGGUGUGGGACGGACUCCCCGGAGUGGGCCCUCAGAUUGGUCGAUACUGUGGGACCAGGGUGCCUCCUGAGAUCCAGUCAUCCACUGGGAUCCUCUCCCUGUCCUUCCACACUGACAUGGCCGUGGCUAAAGAUGGCUUCUCAGCUCGAUAUAACAUGACGUACAAGGAAGUCAGUGAAACUUUCCACUGUAGCAGUGCAUUUGGUAUGGAGUCAGGAAAGAUCACAGAUGACCAAAUCACUGCCUCCUCAAGUUUCUAUGAUGGACAUUGGUUGCCACGUCAGGCCCGACUCAAUUACAACGACAACGGAUGGACGCCGAAUGAAGACAACAACAGGGAGUACAUUCAGGUGGACCUCCAUACUCUAAAGGUGAUUACAGGCAUCGCCACACAGGGUGCGAUCUCGAAGGAAACUCAGAGGACUUACUAUGUUACCACCUUCAAGCUGGAGGUCAGCACGAAUGGAGAAGACUGGAUGGUCUACAGACACGGCAAGAACCACAAGGUUUUCCACGCCAAUGCAGAUGCCACAGAGGUGGUCCUCAAUCGGAUCCCACUGCCAGUCCUGGCCCGCUUCGUACGAAUCAAACCCCAGACCUGGAAGAACGGCAUUGCGCUGCGGUUCGAGCUCUACGGCUGUCAGAUCACUGAUGCUCCCUGCUCAGAGCUGCAGGGCAUGCUGUCUGGGCUGCUCCCCGACUCCCAAAUCUCUGCAUCCUCCAUGAGGGAUAUCCACGGAUCCAUGGGAGCAGCCAGGCUGGUGGCCAGUCGGUCAGGCUGGUUCCCCAAUCCGACAAAACCUAUAGCUGGAGAGGAGUGGCUGCAAGUGGACCUUGGUGUGCCCAAAACUGUGCGCGGCAUAAUUACCCAGGGUGCAAGAGGGCUGGAGGGCAGCAGCAGCGCUGAGAACAAAGCAUUUGUCAGAAAGUACAAACUAGCGCACAGCUUGAACGGCAAAGACUGGAACUACAUCACAGACAGCAAGACAGGCUUUGCUAAGAUUUUUGAAGGGAAUAGCCACUAUGAUACUCCAGAGGUGCGGAGGUUUGAUGAGAUCGUUGCCCAGCACAUCAGAGUCUUUCCAGAGCGGUGGUCUCCUGCCGGGAUUGGCAUGAGGAUGGAGGUUCUCGGCUGUGACCUGCCUGAAACGACCACACUACCUGACACAGUGACGCCCACCUCUCCGAGAGUGGAACAGACAACCCCUCCUUUGAGACCUGCCACCACUCCAUCCCAGUCAGCGGUGUGUGACUUUGAGCAGGGCUUGUGCGGCUGGUUGGAUGAUCUGCACUCUGGUGUGAGGUGGCAGCACACAGCCAGCAGAAGUUCACCAGGUCACGGCUCACAUGGAACGAGGCAGGACCUGGCCCUGGGAUCAGACAAUUUUUCAGGGAACUACCUCUACCUAGAUGCAGGCACCUACACCCAGCAUAAGAGAGCCAGGCUGCAGAGCCCUGAGGUGGAGCUAGAACGAGGCUCGCUCUGCUUGCUGUUCUACUAUCAGCUUCAAGGGGAGGCUCAAGCAAGCCUGAGGGUCUUGCUGAGAGAGAGUGACCAGGAAGAGGAGUCCCUCUUAUGGGUACUAAAAGGUGACCAGGGGCCUCACUGGAGAGAGGGCCGAACCAUCCUGCCCCAAAGUCCCAAAAAGUACAAGGUGGUGUUUGAGGGUUUUUUUGAACACCCAACAAGAGGCCACAUCAGGAUAGACAACAUCCACAUGAGCAACAAUAUCGAGCCGGAUCAAUGUGCACAACCUCUUCCUGCCUUUACUCCUAACAUUAUCAAUCCCAAGCCUAUAGAUUUUGGAAAAGAUGCUGUUUUCAAUCACAAGCCCCCCAUCAAUGGAGACAUUGUUUACCCAGGUUGGCCAUCCUCUUUCUCCACCCCAUCCUCUGACGUAGACCCACCGUCUGUCACCCUGGUCUCAGAAAAGGACAAGGACAACGCCUGGUUGUAUACACUGGACCCAAUCCUCCUCACUAUCAUCGUGAUGAGCUCAUUAGGCGUCCUGCUGGGAGCAGUUUGUGCUGGAUUGCUCCUCUACUGCACAUGCUCCUACAGUGGGCUCUCUUCACGUUCCUCAACGACGCUGGAGAACUACAACUUUGAGCUGUAUGAUGGCAUCAAGCACAAAGUGAAGAUAAAUCAGCAGAGAUGCUGCUCAGAAGCAUGAAGAAAAAGAAGCGGAGACCCUUGAAGAGUGAUUAAGGGGGAAGACAGUUCCUGUGACCCCCUGCUUAAGGAAUUUUGUUUCAGUUUGGACAAACGCAGCAUAAAAAAGAAGCACUAUCUGUAAUUUUAACCCCACCUAAAAUCCUGCUCCUCCCUUUGCUCUGAUGUCUAAUGGGGUGACAUUCAACCCAGGGCUCCCCCAACUGUUAAUGUGCCAGUGGGGACGUGUUAUCUUGAUCCCUUACAUGCUUUGAGGCCUAAACAGAGGGAACAUCUGACCCCAGUCUCCCCUACUUACAGCCCCAUUUCUCCUCUGCCUGAAGGAGAGAGCCUGCUCGAUUCUAAAAGCCUGUGAAUGAAUGAAGAAAUGAAUAAAUGAAUAUAAAAUGACAGAUCUACUAAAGAAUAUAACCCACCAGCCACUGGUAUGAAGUUGCAAAGCAGAUCGACCACCGCACCCAUGACAAUCUGGACAUUUGGAGCACAAAUGACAGCAGUCUGGAGUGUUUGCUUAAUAUGUUAAAAGUGGGAUUCAGAAUGAAGAAAAGAGUUUCGUUGAAAGGGCUGGUACUUUCCAGGAGAGCAGCAUGCAAGGUGGAUAGCAAAAAUCUGACUGUGAAGGCUUCAGCACCAGUGGGCCAUUUGACGUGGGUACUUUUGACUGAAAUCAACACAUAUCAAGCGAAUGCCUACCCCCUCCAAACAGAAAAAAUGAAAAAAAAGAAGCUUAAAGAUAUUGAACCAGACAACUCAAACAAAUCUAGAUUUUUAACGGGGAAGAAGGAAAAGAGAAUGAAAAAGGACAUUUCCCUUUUUAUUUGCUUUGUUUUAGUUUUAGAUAUGAGUUCUGUGAGUUUUGAACGUCCAUUAGCCUGCCAUGUGGCGUGUGCCAGUUCCUUUGUCUGCCCUCGGUCUGCGCUUUGUGAAACCAGUGGCAUAGAAGAGUAAUGGUGACUGUUUUUGUUCUGUUCUAGACUUGUAUCCAUUUGCAUAAAAAGGCAAAGAAAAGCCAGCUUCAGUUCGUAGCAGCCCUGUAGAGCUCUUGUGCCAUAUUAGACCUUUCUUUUAGAAUUGUGUUGGACUCCAUGGUCUUAACCAUUACUUUAGUGUUUUUCUAUUUUGGCACAUUUUCCAUUACAGAUUAUCAAUUUUUUGCAAAGAGUAGGGGAAAGUUAAAGUAAUACAGAAGAAAAAGUCAGAGGUUUAUCAAAAUCUAACAUGCUGUUAUGGAGUUGUGCUUUAGAUUCAGUAUUCUAGAGUUUGUUUUUUUGGUAUAUAUCUAUAUUUUUUUGCUUUUGAGACUGUAUGAUGCUCAAAUGAUGGAUACACACUGUGUGAACAAAAUGUCAGUGAUUGUUUUAUUGCAACCUAUGGAUUGCCAAAGAGCUGUGUAUGUGCUGAGUGGGACUGAAAAGGUAUUAAAAGAGGCUGGGAAGAUUAAGACUGAUGGAUUAUCAUGCUGUUUAUCCAUCACUCUUAAUCCUGCCAGCUGAAAAUAAGGCCACUUUGGACAUGGAGGAAGAAAGAAUGACUAAAGGAGGAGAACUGAAAUCAUACAGUUGACUUUUUGGACACACAAUCAAGCCUUAAACAAACUACAGUAUACGCUGUAUCGGAGGACAGCCAUCAAGGAGGGCCAGUGCUGCUGGAGAAGGAGACACACACUUAUGUUCAUACACACAUCUUUAUACCCCUAUGUGUUUGAAGGGGCUAUCGCUGACUUAUUUCAUUCCUUGAUCCCACACCUUAACCUGCACAACUGGACACCCAACCCUGAACCUUAACGUUGACCUAAUCCUAAAUCUUAAUCUUAGUCCUCAGCCGUUUCAAACUUCAGUAUUUUUGUCCCUACACAGAACUAGUGUAUCUCACAUCUACAGUAGGCUCUCAGUUUUCAGACCCCACAAAUACACUUGAACAUAUCUGCAAACACAUGAAUUGAAACAACAAAUGAGGAAAGAGAGAAAGGGAAAUAGUUGUGUUUACUUGCAGGAGGAAACCUCCUUAAAAGGUUCAGUUUGUGAUGAAAAGUGAUGAAAAUUACAUUCGAAAUUUCAAAAGCCUGAAGAGGACAUAAAACCAACCAGUCAUCAGGCUGCACAUACAUAAUCGGAACCCGAAUAAAGUGGUUUAUCUUUCUAGAAAUAAUUCUGUUUACUUAACUAACCACAGCUGACAGCAAAGUUAAAAAGCAGAAAGUGAGACAGUUUUGGGUCAACUGGGAGUCUGACUUGGCUUUCUUACAUAACAGUGCUUAGUAUCAGCCUCCUACCUCCUUAGUUUUUAACAUAAUAGUUGCACAACAGUUUCAUGUUAUGCAAAACAGAAGCAUUUCAAACUGCAAAAAGCAUUUAAUGUUUUGUAGCUGUUUCACAGUCUGGUGUGAGACUGCGUUGCUGAUGCUGCUCAGAAUGUUUCUAAGUCAAAGUACUGAUUAUUGCAUUUUUAACUCUUUUGGACAACUAAAAACAAAAGUAAAGGAUGAAGGAAGAGUACCAUCCAACUGUAUCAUCACUGCUUUUGUUGAACAUUAUGAACUGUUAUUUGUUAAAUGGCAACAAAUAACAUCAAAACCAAAUUUUCCUCUAAACAUGAUUUACUUUUGCUUUAGAUAGGAGCAAAUUGCCUUUUGCAUGUUUUUGGACCAAACUGAACCAUUAGAUCAAAUGAACAACCAGGUUACUUCAUGCAUUUAAACAUAAAAUGUGAUGAGUCAACAGAGGGUAAGAACAGACUUGCACAACUGCUAGUAUUGUUCAAGUAAUAGCACUUGUGGGAAAUUUGGUGGCCAAAGCGCAAAGUUUCCUGAUUGAGUGUUCAAUUACUCCAAAAUUAUUAUGACUAGGGUUAAAGGUCAAGGUGUAGAAUGACAAAACAGAAAAAAAAAUUAAAUAAUCCAACAUGACUUGUUAUUUAUGGACUAUUUCAUGAAACUUUGUAAGUUGAAAAGUACAAGUAAAGAAUGGGAGAGGGAGACGGAAAAUUGACAAAAGGGCAAGCAGAGACAAAAAAGAGCAGACGUCUAUACACUGAAGGAUCUCUCUCUGUUUUCUCUCUAUAUGCUCCAUGCUUUACUCUACUAAGCAUCAACAGAUGAAAUUUACUCUUUCAGACUCUCUUUUGCCCUUUGAAUGAUGUAUCCUGGUUAUUACAUUGUUUUUCUGAGGUGCAAAUUGCAAAAGAAAUAGAGAAAGUUCGGAAAAAAAGAGUAAAACUUGUGUCAAUGUCUCUUUGCCUGAGGGCCCUGUUCUUUCUUUUUGUCUUCCUCUCUCUUCUCCCACAUUCACAGGCAAGCAUUGAUGACAAACACAAAGAAUAUAAAGGGAUUAUUAAAAGGUGUUGAAGAAUAGUCAGAAAAGGAAAAAUGGAAUAAGGGAACAAUAGAAAGAGACAAAGAAUUUUAUGUCCAUCUGUGUUUUCUUUGGACUGUUUUCCAAGUGCCUUGGAGCUCUCUUAUUGUGUUCUUCUAUCUUUCUCUCUUUCUCUGUCCCUACUGAUGUCUCUGACUACUUUUAUCUCACACACACAAACACACAUGCAGACAUUAAGCAGCGAUCAGUGAGUUCAUCAUGACACACACACUGAUAUAAAUUAAUUUUGAAACUAUUCUCUCAGUUUCCUGCUUGACUCGUUCCCUCUGGAAGUCCAGGUAGUAUUACCUCUUUAUGUCUCGAUGGAUACACACACACAAAUAUACACACGUACUUAUGCACAACUUAGUCAUAACAAAACAUUAAGACACACUUACCGCACUGGCCAGAAAACUCAACUGUUGUUUGUAGACUUUGUACAGAAAAAUUUCUUUUUUAAUGUUAUUAUUAUUAUUUAAUAAAGGCUAAAUAACAAAUCA